CAAACUGACUGUUCUUCGGCCAUAUUGAACUUUUCCGGCACAUGGGCAGGGAAUAAAAAUGGAUUUAAUUACGAUAUUGGAGAAGACUGUUUCCCCAGAUCAAAACGAACUGAGAACAGCUCAACAGUUUUUAGAAAAUGCCGCACAGCAAAAUUUGCCUGAACUUCUUAAACAACUAUCGGAAAUAUUAAAACUCACAUCCAAUAGUCCCGUAGCUCGUAUGCAAUCUGGUUUACAACUUAAAAAUGCUCUAUAUUCCAAGGAAUCUUCUGUUCGAGCUCAACAUAUGCAGCGUUGGCUCUCAUUUGAAGAGAAUCUACGACAGUAUAUCAAGCAAAAUGUUCUCGAAACUCUCGGAACCGAAACAUUUCAUCCUUCAUCAGCCGCACAAUGCGUGGCAUAUAUAGCUUGUGCGGAACUUCCCCACCAAUUGUGGCCAAACCUCAUUCAAAUUUUAACCGAUAAUGUUACAGCCACUGAGAGUACUGAACCUGUUAGACAGGCAACUUUGGAAGCCCUUGGCUAUAUUUGUCAAGACAUUGAACCUGAGGUUUUACAGUCACAAUCUAAUCAGAUACUAACAGCAAUUGUUCAUGGCAUGAAGAAAGACGAACCGUCGGAAAGUGUGAGAGUGGCAGCAACAAAUGCUCUAUUGAACUCACUUGAAUUUACGCGUGCUAAUUUCGACAAAGAAUCAGAACGACACUUUUUAAUGCAAGUUGUUUGUGAAGCCACGCAAAGUUCAUCUACUAACGUAAGAGUCGCAGCUUUGCAAUGUCUUGUAAGGAUAAUGUCAUUAUAUUACAAUCAUAUGGAACAUUACAUGGGUCCAGCUUUAUUUGCAAUUACAUUAGAUGCUAUGAGAUCAGAUGUUGAUGCAAUUGCUCUACAAGGCAUUGAAUUUUGGAGCACGGUUUGUGAUGAAGAACUUGAUUUAGCAAUUGAAGCGGCUGAAGCCAUGGAGCUAGGUCGUCCUCCUGCGAAAGUUUCGAGAUUUUAUGCUAAAGGAGCACUGCAAUUUCUAGCACCCCUUCUCCUGCAAACUCUUCCAAGGGGAGCUGUUGAUGAGGAUGAUGAAGAUGAUGAUUGGACACCAGCUAAAGCGGCUGGCGUAUGCCUAAUGCUCUUGGCAACGACUUGUGAGGACGAUGUUUUACCUCAUGUUCUUCCUUUCGUUACUGACAACAUUGCUUCUGCUGAUUGGCGUCACAGAGAUGCGGCAGUUUUAGCUUUCGGCUCAAUAUUGGAAGGUCCGAAUAUCGAAACUUUAAGGCCUGUUGUACAACAAGCAAUGCCUGCUCUAAUAGAUAUGGUGAGGGGCGACGCUUCCUUAGCCGUCAGAGAUACUGCUGCUUGGACUAUCGGUAGAGUUUGUGAUAUUCUAAGAGAUGUUGUCCUCCACGACGCCCUAGUUCAACUAUUAUUGAAUGCUUUAGGUGAUGCACUCAGAGCAGAAUCCAGAGUAGCAACGAAUGUCUGUUGGGCACUAUCUUCAUUAGCAGAUGCUGCUGCAGAUCAAGCCCAUGCACAAACAAACGGAGUUCAUGUUGAUGAAACAGAUGAUACCCUGCAUACUUUUGCUCUUAGUCCUUAUUUAGGAGCAAUUGUCGCUGGUCUGCUUGAUACAACUGAACGCCCAGACGCAAACACGCAUAAUCUUAAGUCUGCAGCUUACGAAGCACUGAUGGAACUCAUUAAAAAUGCUCCAAAGGAUUGCUACGAAGCUGUUCAACAUUGCGCCCAGGUUAUAUUAGAGCGUCUUCAGAAAGCAACAGUCCAUGGUACUACGUCAGAAAACGUUGACGUUCAGUCUUUGCUUUGUGCAUGUUUGCAGACGGUUUUGAGGAAACUUCAAAAGAACGACCUACCAGUUAUCGCUGAUCCCGCCAUGUCGGCCCUUAUGUCAGUUUUGUCCCCGCCAAACGGUGGCCUACCACAUGGUGGUGUCCACGAAGAUGCCCUCCUUGCUAUUGCUGCUCUUGUAGAGGUCAUGGAUACUGGUUUCUCAAAGUACAUGAUACAUUUAGUACCUAUAGUCGAAACAGCACUUCAAAGAUAUGAUGAAGAAGCUGUAUGUAGCGCAGCCGUCGGAUUGGUCGGUGAUAUAUGUAGAGCUCUAAAUUCUGAGAUACAACCUUUUGCUGACCUCCUAAUGAAUCGAUUACUUAAUCUCAUAGGAGCCGAAAAUGUACCAAGAAGUUUGAAGCCGCCAGUUUUGGGUGUAAUAGGCGAUAUGGCGUUAGCCAUGGGUGUUCAAUUCACAAAAUACGCCCCAAUUGUUCUUAAUGGUAUGCUGCAACAAGCUGCUGAAGCUGCCAUUCAGCAACCUGAAGACGCCGAUGUUAUGGACUAUAUCAAUGAACUACGCGAAGGCUGUUUAGAGGCUUAUACAGGAAUUGUACAGGGAACGAAAGAGGAAUCUAGACAAUUAUUAGAACCUUCUGUUAUGAAUAUGGUACAUCUACUGCAAGCGAUUGAUGCCAGUCCUGAUAGUAGUGAUGCUGUUCUUGCUGCCGCUUGUGGUUUAAUCGGUGACUUACUGACAACUUUUAAAGGGGCUGCCUUACAAGCUUUGGAUAUUCCCGGUGUAUUGUCCUUGUUACAGAAAGCUAGGCGGUCGAAAACUGCAAAGACAAAGAGCUUAGGAAACUGGGCGACAAGGGAAAUGAGGAAACUAAAAAACAAUGUGAAUGCUAGUAGCUAGGCGUCAUAAGGCUGAUAUAUAUAUAUGCACAUAUAUACAUAUAUAAUUAAACGUCCACAAUAUAUGUAUAUAUUAUAUGUAUAUAUAUAUAUAUAUAUAU